AUGGGUGAUAGUUCAUCAAGUUACAGAGCACCCUGGUUCUGUAGGGAAAUGAGUCAAGCAGACCAAGUUAUUAUGGCCAUACCAGAUGACGUUGCGUCUAAACUAUGGGGUGUUGACAAAGGCCCUACUAAUGUUACGAUACACACUGAAGAUGGCAGUGUCUUUAAUGUUUUUUUAAGCGCUUCUAAAGGGAAGAUAUUUUUUUUUAAUGGUUGGUCCAAUGUUGUAAUACACUUGGGACUAACCAAAGGGUGUUUGGUAGUUUUUAAUCCACUAGAUCCUACAACUUUUAAAUUAACAAGUUUCAUUGAUGGGGUUAGUCGUGGCUCUUUCUGGACAUAUAUGCUAUCUCCGUCAUGUAAUUUUUAUGACAUCCCUCAAAGUACUUUGCCCAAAAGUUACGAUUAUUCCUCAAAUGACGUAACCUCUACUGUAAUGAUAGACAACAAAACAUUUAACGUUUCUAUUGUAACAUACGACGGUAAAGUCGGUUUUACCGUUGGUAUGGACGUAAUUGUUAGUCUGUUUCAGUUGGAGGUUGGUUGUUUAUUGUUAUUUACUAAAGGUUUUGGUCAUUUUUUCUAUUUAAAAGUUUUUGGAAAAAACGGUGUUGAAAUCAAUUAUCCUGAUGUAGAUGCUGAUGAGGCUGAAGUUCCACCCUUAGAUGCUGAAAACGAACCUGAUGAACACAUAGAUGGUUGUGUUACAAAGUUUGUUCGUAUGGCUGGUGAAGAUUAUUUUAUAUUUUUACAACAAUGCAGAGAAUCCCUGAUCCUGUUUCACGCAAGGCUAGACUUGAUGAAGGCUUAA